UGAUGACGUACAACACAUUGAUAUCCGGAAGAUUAUUUAUGUAAAAAUGGCACCAAGAGCACUGACAGUUUGUUGUGAUAUUGUAAGAUGGUUUCCUGUAGUCUUUAUUUCAGCCAUAAUAGUUUGGUCUUACUACGCAUAUGUUGUCCAGAUGUGUAUUUUUACUGUGCCUAAUAUAGCAGAGAAAGUUAUAUAUCUGCUGAUAUACCACCCCAUACUUGUUCUGUUUUUGUGGUCAUAUGGAAAAACUAUAUUUACUCCAGUAGGAUCAGUUCCUCCACAGUUCUAUCUGUCCAAAACAGAUGCUGAGAGAAUAGCCAGAGAGUCCGAGGAGGGCCAGAAAGCUAUUCUAAUCAAUGCUGCCAAAGAGUUACCUGUCCUGAAUAGAACACAUUCAGGCAGUCCAAGGUACUGUGAAAAGUGUCGCUGUAUAAAACCAGACCGAUGUCACCACUGUUCUGUUUGUGGCCAAUGUGUGUUAAAGAUGGACCAUCAUUGUCCAUGGGUCAAUAACUGUGUAGGAUUCUCUAACUACAAGUAUUUUGUAUUAUUUCUGGGAUAUGGACUGCUGUACUGCCUAUAUAUUGCUGCAACUAGUUUACAGUACUUCAUUUUAUUCUGGAAGAGUGGAGUUUCCAAAGAAAUGGGUCAUUUCCAUAUAUUAUUUUUGUUCUUUGUGGCUGUGAUGUUUGGUAUAAGUCUUAUAUCUUUGUUUGGCUACCACUGUUAUUUAACAGCCUGCAAUAGAUCUACACUAGAGUCCUUUAGAGCUCCCAUAUUUCAGAGUGGACCAGAUAAAAAUGGAUUCAGUCUGGGGAAUUAUAACAACUUCACAGAAGUUUUUGGUGUAGAUAAAAAAUCAUGGUUUUUACCAAUAUUUUCAAGUGAUUCUGAUGGGGUGUCCUUUCCCACACGAAACAAUCUCCAGGCUAACAGUAACAAUUCUUACCAAACUAUGGGGGAAACGCCCAAGCCCAGUGCUGGUGACGGAGUCUCGUAUCCUACUCGUACAAUAGAUCUCGAUUCUGACGGUCUCCUGGCGGACCGACAGCGAUGGAUGGAGGAGGGGGAAUCAGACGGGGGAGGUACUCUGUUUUCUGGGUCAAGUCAACAACAUUUGAUCAAUGUUCAGGAAUGACCAUAAACGUGGACUAAAGACCAAGAAUGUAUGGUUCACAUGAAAAUGGUGGAUAUAACAUGGCAUGACCAAAGAAACAAAUGAACAAACAUAAUCAGUGACUCUCCAGCAUUGCCAGAGAGUGUUGAUGGAUCAUUCCUAUGUCUCUUAUAAGAGAAUAAUCACCAUUGUUAUAUUCUGGCAAUGUUAGCAUUUUGUGUCAGCUGUUGUCAACUUUGCUCUUUGUAAACAAAGUUCAUGAAAUUAUAAUUUUGAUUCAAUAGGAGAACCACCCUUUAAUAGUAGUUUAUAUAAAAAGAACAAUGAAAAUCUUGAUGUACUAUUAUAUCUACAUUGGAUCUGUGAUGAACACGUGAAAGAUUUCAAAUCACCACUAGUUCUACUUAAUCCAAAUAGGAAAUUUCCUGAAAUUUCUUUUCCAAAAAGAUAAGAAAUUUCUAAAAAUAUUUCCAUUUUCUUUAGAAGAAACUGUAAAUGAAGAAUUGUGAUUUAUUUAUUGAUGUAUUUAUUGUUGAUUUAAACAUUGCAUCUUGUAUCAAAAGAAAUUUCUUUUACUAAGAAAUUUUAUACUGAUCAACACUUUAGGUUUAUAAUCCCCCGUUCACUCAUAUAAAAUGAUUGCUUUAACUUUUGCUUGAUUUUUUAAAAAAAGAAAUGUGUUUGAUAAGUAAAAUGCAAACAAUUUUAGCAUAGCGUUUUGGGCAGAUUCAGUCAAAAGAGAUAUUUCACUUAUACAAAUUUAUUGAGGAACACUGGACAUUUUUCUUAUGAAGAUUCAUUUCCCUUUUGAGAGUAUCAAUAAACCUUAACUAUAUCACACAUAUCUUUCAGUAAUGAAUUAUUAGUUAUCCUGAAUAUUGCUUAAUUGAGCAUUCAUUACUUUUAUAUAAACUUUGGGAUAUGUUUAAAGUUAAGUUUGAAUUUUAUUCAGAAGACAGUUUGAGUCAUAAUAGAAUAAAUGCCUUUUGUAUGAAUGCUGUUUGUGAAGAAAUUCAUUUUACAAAUUACAUGUAUAAGUAGGUAUCAUGUGUGCAGUUGUACUCAGGUUUCUAUUAUUAUGUGUGUUAACUGUAUAGAACUGCUGUGUUUUUUAUUUGAAUUCUAUAUGUCUUAAUUUCUGUUAUCAUGAAAAUUUUCUGAAAAGUUAGGUUCAUAAAACCUUUGGUACAUUUUAUUACUUCUCCACAUUUUCACUGUGUUAACAUUAGAUCACUUUAUUGUUGAUGCAUGGUCCCAUUUUUUAUAAUUUAAAUUCAAGUAACUUAGAACAUAUGAAAUGUUUUUGACUUUAUGUGUUCUAGAUUGCAUUACAAGAAUUUCAAAAAAGUGCAAAUGAUUAAUGGGUAUGUAUUAGUAAUGCACAUGAAUUUUUCUUUAAAAUGUAUUCAAAAUGCUCUUUAUUCAGUUUAGAGCAUGUAAAUGAUUAUCUGUGUCUUUUCUCUACGUGAAAAAUCUUUUAAAUGUGUUACAUGUAGUAAUCCAUGGUAUUUCGUGGCAUGAACUGCCCUCUUAUUAUGAAACAGGGUUUACUGCACUGACAUUGAUGCUUUAAUGACAUUUUCUUACUGAAAUGUUAAAUUGAGAAUACAAUGUAUUUGUUUAAUAAUAAAAAUAAAGGUUAAAAAACA